CCCUGCCCGCCUAUGCCACCCUGCCCGCCCAUGCCACCCUGCCCCGCCACCCGUGUCACCCUGACCUGCCACCCAUCUGUGGUGUGAGGGCUGCUGGGCUGCCCUGUCUGCAUGGCUGGCGUGAGCCUCAGAGGCGUCCGAGGCUGCCUCUCGAGUGGUGUCGUGUGUAGAGUGUCCUGUUGAGAAGGAGAGGAACAGUGUAGCCUUGGUACCCCACUCGUGGUAGGAGCCAGGAAGGUGGUGUUCUGGGAGUCCUGGAGCUCACAGGGCACGUGCAUGUGCUCCCUGAAUAAACGGAAACGUACGGCUCCACGGGUGUCCUGGAGAGGAAUCUUGCUGGCAAAUCCGUGCCUUUGAUCGCAGCCCCUACGCUGUGUCCUCUGAGCUGUGAUGCGGCCCCGCAGGCCCUGUGGAGUACGGUGGCUUCCUGGCUCACAGGGAUGCUGCCGUCGGAGGUGCCGUCACGGCUCGUGGAUGACUUGGGCGGUGUCUGUCUGGGGUGCUGUCGUCGGCGGAGCGCUGUAUCAGCCUGUGGGUGAUGGGCAGUGUCUGUCUGGGGGAGGUUCUGGUGGCCCCAUGCUCUCAGCCCAGUGGCUCCACGCUGCUGUGUAGUCCCUCUUGGGGGCCUGCCUUCUCUGCCGUUGAAGGGCAGGGGCUCAGUUCCCUCUGGGUGGCAGGCGGCUGUAUCUCAGGACCGGAAGGCUCCAGGUCAGGCUGUGCACAGCCUUCGUUCAUGUCAGCUCCUGGCUGGGCAGCACAGGGGCCUCCAGGCCUGGACAGCCAAGGGGGGCAUCUCACCAAUGCCCAGAUGGCUGUUCUGGGGACUUAUGGCAGGACAGCUUUGUCAUGAGAUGGCCACUCGAGCCCGGAGUAAUCAGGGCUUACGGGGACAGGGCAGGGUGAGGGCCGGUGAGACCGCCCAGCCUGAGGGUGCCCUUCUGGUGGUUGGGGAGCUCCUUCCUGGGCAGCGGCUUUAGGGGCUGCUGUGGAGAGGGGAAGAAGAUGAGGUUGGUGAGGAGGGGCUUUUGGGACACACUGUCCUGGUAGAGGCUGUGGGGGAGGGGAGCAGACCAGUUGGCCCAGCAGGGCUGGCCAGUGGAGGCACGUGGAGGGUUGGUGGCUGCCGAGCCUGGGUCUGAGCAAGCGGGGAUGGGGACCAGGUGCCGAGGCUGGGGAAGGAACGGGGGCAGCUGCUUGGUCCUGGCACAUCUUGGGGUCCCCUGGGACUUCCUGGGAGCCCCAGUGCCCAGAGACCCACUGUGGCUCUCUGGUGGGGGGGCAGGUCCCAGCCCGUGGUGACCCCCAGUGUGCCAGGGCAACCCUGGUCCCUCUCCAGAGUGGACUGAUGCCCAGCACACACGUGGCUCAGGGCUGAGUGGGCAGGCACGGCCAACAGGAGGGAGGACCCAGCAAGCAGCUGGUGAUGUGUAUCCAGAGACAGGGUGUUGACAUGUGGCCAAGAGGUUCUGGGGUCAUCGGGCCGCCACCGUGCAGCCCCCACCCCAGGACUUGAUGGCUCCAGAGAACCUGGGGGCUGCUGCCCUCACCUCACCCGAAUUUUCUUUAAAAUGUAUUUUUAUAUUGGAACAGUCUUAGCUUUAUAGGAAAAUAGGAAGCUAGCGCAAGCGUCCCACGUGCACGGCACUCACUUCCCUCGUGGGUCUGUUGAGUGCUUUCUUAUAACGUAAGGUUAGGCAUCUGCAGGGUGAGAACCUGGAGACUGUCCUUGUGUUGCUGUGCUGAGAGCCGUGUGUGGCUGUGAGUUUUUGAUGAGGAAAAGCAGUGUGGGUCCUGGGUUUGGACAGCACAGGCCCCUCUGGGAGCCGAGUGCCUUCACCUCGGAGCGUGGGGGGGAAGGUACAGAGCUGGAGCUUUUGACCCUGACCGGCCAGCCAGGAAGGCCGUAGGAGGUCAGCUCCCUGGCGUGAGGUGCCCAGGGCCUCCGGCGUCACCCUGGGUGGCGGCUCCAGGACUCGGACGCUGGCUGUCAGUGGGGCAGGUGUGGCCCAGCAGGGGGCUGCUUUGUGGGUGAACUGUGGCCCCAGGAUGGUGCAGAUGGUGGGCAGACCUGCCCCAGGGCUGUUUCUGAGACAGGCCCCUGGAGGAGAACCAGGUGCUGGGCCUCAGGUGUCUGUCCUGAACUGGGGCAGCCUUGGAACAAGGAGCCACAGGAGGUCCCUGUGGCACGGGGCCCUGGCAGGGCCACCCCAGGGAGUGCAGGGCCACAGGAGUCCUGCCGCAGGUUACUCGGCUCGGGAGCUCACAGCCUCCUCACUGCAGAGUCCUUUCAGGAGGGCUGGGGUGGCCUUCCCACAUCUGCUUCCUCCUCAGAGACACGGGUGUGGGUACAUACUGGCCAGUGUUGAUAAGCAUUGAGUGGUAUUGAGGGGUGUUGAUGAGCCUCCAGGAGCAGCGGCCGGCGCCGUGGUGCUGUGGGCAGUAUUGAUGAGUACUGGCUGGUGUUGAGAGUUUGACUGGGCGUGGGUGGCGUGGUGCUUUGCCCCCUGGCCAGGCUGGUUCGUGGGUGAAGUGUGACAUUCAGGUGGUUUUCUCCUGUCCUUUUAGUUUCUGUUUUUAUGCAGGAUCCGGGUGCCACAGGGGGAUCUGGCCUUCAGGGCAGGAGGCUGCAGCGCAGGUCAUGGGGGGCCCAGACGCAGGCAGUGGGAUCCCACUCCACAGUGUUGCUCUUGGGCCCUCCAUCGGGAGCCCCAUACAGCACCUGCCACGAGGAGUGGUGUUGGGGACCCUGGAUGGGAGCUGUGUGCGUGGGGCUACACCUCAGCCCCUGUGAUGGUGUCUCUGGAAGCUGGAGGCGGUCGGCCUGUAUGUUUGAAUCCUGCAGAGGGAAUUGAGGGGCGGAGAUUUGUUUGCGAGGCCUCUGGCAGGGGUUGGCCUUACGGCGCACCGCCAGGGUCUUAGGCUUGGCUGAGUGGCCCCUCCUGGCCUGGCAGGCAGUCGUCUCUGCCCAUGCCUGCCACGCUGCUGGGCUGGUGGUAGCUGGCUCCUGUCCUGGUUAGCCUGAUGUCAGCUGCACGUUGGGGUCAGCGCCUGUGCUGUGUCUUCAUGCCAGAGCAGGGGUCAGGUGUGGGUGGCUCAGUGACACCCUCCCGAGGGCUGGGCGAUCGUGUGCACUCCUAGCACCCUCUAUCUUGCAGGGCUUCGUUCCUGGAAGGCUUGGCCCCCUCAGGUGCCCCCUGCCCCUGUGCAUUCAGCCAUCAGAGUUCAUGCCCUCAGCUUCCCGCCAGUCCCUGGUCAUAGCCGUCAGGAAAAGCUGAGCCGUGCUUUUGGGAGAAUCGAGGGAAUGUCGCUGGGAUGCACCAAGGGUCGGAGGUGGAGCCGGCGUGGCCCAGGGCAGGCAGUACCAGGCCGGAUGCUGGAAAGCCAGCAGCUCCUCUCCCGGUGGCUCCUGGGAAGUUCCACGUCCUUGCCUGGUCACAGAGGCCCGGGAAUCGGUGACAUGAGAUAGAAGCUUCCAGAACAGGAGGCAGAGCCCUUCCGCAGUUUCCCUGCCCAUAGCACACACCCUGUGCCCUCCGCCCCCUGGUUUUUGGACACUGGGGACAUCUGGGUGCGGCUAGAGCCUGUGGGGGUGGCCGCAGCCCUGGGGGGCUGUUCCCAAGAGUCAGCCUAGGGGCCACUGGGGCCCGGCCUCGGGCCUGGCACUGCGACCUCGGGGUGAGUGCCCCUCGUGUGUGCGGCAGGAGCCGGGGCCCCUGGCUGGCAGCAGGCUCCCGAGUCCAGUAAGACUUUGACCCCGACGCAGGCUUCAGUGAUUGCCGUGGAUCAGAAGCCUGAGCGCUUUGGCUCGAGACAAUUAAGGACGUGGGAUGAGGCUCCGAGACAGGACGCGGUUCUGCCUGGGGAUCCUGAAGAUAAAAAGCUUUGAAAAGUCGAAUUCAUGGUCGUGGAAGCUGAGGCCAUAUUAAGAGAUGUCAGGCGUCCGACCUCCAAUCAUGAACGGGCCCCUGCACCCGCGGCCCCUGGUGGCACUGCUGGACGGCCGGGACUGCACAGUGGAGAUGCCCAUCCUGAAGGACGUGGCCACUGUGGCCUUCUGCGACGCGCAGUCCACGCAGGAGAUCCACGAGAAGGUCCUGAACGAGGCCGUGGGGGCCCUGAUGUACCACACCAUCACACUCACCAGGGAGGACCUGGAGAAGUUCAAAGCCCUCCGCAUCAUCGUCCGGAUCGGCAGUGGUUUUGACAACAUUGACAUCAAGUCGGCCGGGGAUUUAGGCAUCGCCGUCUGCAAUGUGCCUGCAGCGUCUGUGGAGGAGACGGCCGACUCGACGCUGUGCCACAUCCUGAACCUGUACCGGCGGGCCACCUGGCUGCACCAGGCAUUGCGGGAGGGCACGCGAGUCCAGAGCGUCGAGCAGAUCCGCGAGGUGGCGUCCGGCGCCGCCAGGAUCCGUGGGGAGACCUUGGGCAUCAUCGGACUCGGUCGCGUGGGGCAGGCGGUGGCGCUGCGGGCCAAGGCCUUCGGCUUCAACGUGCUCUUCUACGACCCUUACCUGUCGGACGGCGUGGAGCGGGCACUGGGGCUGCAGCGGGUCAGCACCCUGCAGGACCUGCUUUUCCACAGCGACUGCGUGAGCCUGCAUUGCGGCCUCAACGAGCACAACCACCACCUCAUCAACGACUUCACCGUCAAGCAGAUGAGACAAGGGGCCUUCCUGGUGAACACGGCCCGGGGCGGCCUGGUGGACGAGAAGGCGCUGGCCCAGGCCCUGAAGGAGGGCCGGAUCCGCGGCGCAGCCCUGGACGUGCACGAGUCGGAACCCUUCAGCUUUAGCCAGGGCCCCCUGAAGGAUGCACCCAAUCUUAUCUGCACCCCCCACGCUGCGUGGUACAGUGAGCAGGCGUCCAUCGAGAUGCGAGAGGAGGCGGCACGGGAGAUCCGCAGAGCCAUCACAGGCCGGAUCCCAGACAGCCUGAAGAACUGUGUCAACAAGGACCAUCUGACGGCGGCCACCCACUGGGCCAGCAUGGACCCCGCUGUCGUGCACCCUGAGCUCAACGGGGCCGCCUAUAGCAGGUACCCUCCAGGCGUGGUGGGCGUGGCCCCCACUGGCAUCCCAGCUGCUGUGGAAGGUAUCGUCCCCAGCGCCAUGUCCCUGUCCCAUGGCCUGCCCCCUGUGGCCCACCCACCCCAUGCCCCUUCUCCUGGCCAAACUGUCAAGCCCGAGGCAGAUAGAGACCACGCCAGUGACCAGUUGUAGCCCGGGAGGAGCUCUCCAGCCUCAGCGCCUGGGCAGAGGGCCCGGAAACCCUCGGACCAGAGUGUGUGGAGGAGGUGCCUGCGUGGCAGCCCUGGCACUGCAGAGACUGGUCCGGGCUGUCAGGAGGCGGGAGGGGGCAGCGCUGGGCCUCGUGUCGCUUGUCGUCCGUCCUGUGGGCGCUCUGCCCCGUGUCCUUCGCGUUCCUCGUUAAGCAGAAGAAGUCAGUAGUGAUUCUCCCAUGAACGUUCUUGUCUGUGUACAGUUUUUAGAACAUUACAAAGGAUCUGUUUGCUUAGCUGUCAACAAAAAGAAAACCUGAAGGAGCAUUCGGAAGUCAAUUUGAGGUUUUUUUUUUUUUUUGGUUUUUUUUUUUUUUUCUUUUUUUUGUAUGUUGGAACGUGCCCCAGAAUGAGGCAGUUGGCAAACUUCUCAGGACAAUGAAUCCUUCCCGUUUUUCUUUUUAUGCCACACAGUGCAUUGUUUUUUCUACCUGCUUGUCUUAUUUUUAGAAUAAUUUAGAAAAACAAAACAAAGGCUGUUUUUCCUAAUUUUGGCAUGAACCCCCCCUUGUUCCAAAUGAAGACGGCAUCACGAAGCAGCUCCAAAAGGAAAAGCUUGGGCGGUGCCCAGCGUGCCCGCUGCCCAUCGACAUCUGUCCUGGGGAUGUGGAGGGUGGCAGCGUCCCCGCCUGCACCAGUGCCGUCCUGCUGAUGUGGUAGGCUAGCAAUAUUUUGGUUAAAAUCAUGUUUGUGACUGUAACCAUUUGUAUGAAUUAUUUUAAAGAAAUAAAAAUCCCGGAAAGAGCCA